AUGCAGCACAGCACUGGAACCCUUCGCUUCUGCUUGUCUUUCCUGUCGACUCCAUCUCCCCACAGUUGCGGCGGGCUAGCGAUCAGGUUGGCCUCAUGGUCUACUGGUCAAGUCAAGGUCAAGGUGAGAGGGUUCGCAGGGGCUUUGACAGCCCUCAACCAACAUGCACCGUUCGGUCCCGUCAAGGGUCACUCAGGCCGCGCGAUGCCAGAGAUGGUCACCUCCAGACCCUGUUAUGCCUGGGGCCAACUACUGGGGGCUAACUCGACUAGCAGCUCUAGGACAACGACCAUGGUGAAUGAGACGUGGAGGAUGCUGGAUCUUGGCGAAAGUCUCCAUCAAGCCUCGAUGGAGGACAUGGAUAGAUUGACAAGGACAUGGCCUGGUAAACCCACCCUCUGUAGAUUUAGCGCCAGAAGGGCCCUGACAGAGGUGCUUCAGGGUACACAGCAGGCCCGCUUGAGUGGGACCUUCCCUUGUCUAGAUUCUGGAUUGACAAGAAUGUUGCAGACAAAAUCGUACUAUACCUGCCUACGGAGUAUAUGUCAGCGAAAUAGAUACGAGAGCAGGGGUUUCACUUGCGAGCAACUGCAGCUAUGA